AAAAAAUCGAUACCUCCAGCCUAUCGGCAGUGAGACGCAGUAAGUUCGCCCACUGACGCUUGCAGGUGACUCCUCGCGGAGCGCAUUAGUGAGAUCGAGCUGCAGAGGCCGCACUCGACGCGCACGUGUCACAUCAGCUGUCGGCUUAGUGGAGGUUUUUUGUGUUGGCAGCCUCGUCCGCGCGCUCUCGACGCGACGGGUACCGCCACGAUGCAGUUCUCGUCUAAAACGACGGCGGCACUCUCGCUCCUCGCGCUCCUCGCCGUAACGCUAGCGAAACCGUGCCCGGCGGCCGACGCGAACCUCAAAUCCCUCAACAGGGGCGACGGCAAGGUCUCGGUGACCUUCCGGUCCCAAAUCGACGAGGAGCUGCAGGUCUACUGGAUGACGCGAGACGGGGAGCAGCACGAUGUCGGCAUCCUCGAGCCGCUGGGCGAAGUUAUGCACCAGUCGUUCGAGGGCCACGCCUUCCGCGUCCGUCGGACGCUGGGGGAGAAGGAGGUCGUCGCCGAGACCCUGUUAGGUAGAACAACAAGGCAGCGCGUACUGAUCGAGGCGUGCGGCGCCGCGCUCGCCGCGCAGAGCGAGGCGCCCCUGUCACCACGAGCGGCCGAGUUCGAAGAACUAUUACAUGCGCCGGACAAGAAAUGCGAGGGGCCCUCGCACGAGUGGUCCUGCGUGCGCUAUCUGCACGAGGAGGACUUGAGGAAAAGGGACCCGCGCGACUACGGGUUACAGCCCGGCGAGGUGAGCAAGCACCGCGAGUUCAAGACCGUCGACGAGUCCUACGUCUCGCAGAUCCCCCAGAUCCCGCGUGUCACCGACGGGCCGGGCUACGCGAAGAUGUCGUUCACGCAGCCGCUACAUGAUGCUUUAACGGACUGGUACCAAGAGAGACGGAACGACUCGAUGGUUCGUCGCGGCGUCCUUCCUACGCGAGCUUUACGCCAUCGACGCGACGCCCCGCGCAGAAACCCCACGGCGUGAUCCCGGGCGGCUACACGAACAACGACAAGGUACUUAUUGAUAAGGUCAACCUCGACGAGUUCCCCGCGACGCAUCGCGCGAUCGUCAGGGAGCUGCGGGAGAUCCUCCAGUGGUGGACGGGCUUGCGGCUGAAGCACACGUCGACGUUCGGCAUCCGCGUCUACCGACGAGGCAGCAUGCUCAUCGACCACGUCGAUAGGAUGGACACGCACCUGGCAAGCGCGGUGAUCCAGGUGGAUCAAAAGGUCGACGAAAACGGGGGCUGGCCCCUCGAGCUUCUCUUAUCAAAUGGCACGGUCGCCGAGGUCUACACGCAGCCCGGCGAGGUCAUCCUGUACGAGGGCGCGUGGCUCCGGCACGGCCGACCGAUGCGGUUUCGGGGCGACGAGUUCGCGAACCUGUUCAGCCACUUCAGCCCGCUCGACUGGGACGGGCCGCGCGGCGCCGACUCCAAAAACAGAUACUACGGCGUGCCCGCGGACCGGCUGACGACGCUGCCCGACCUGACGGGCUACUCGCGGUCGACGGACUACGCGCCCCUGCCUGAUUCUAGUAGUAGUGCGGCUAAGGACGAAUUGUGAGA